ACUGUUGCGUGCGCGUUCUUGUCGAUAACAUUUGAUAUUUCUUGUUUUUAUAGAAUUUUUUUUGUUAAAUUAUUUACCACAGUAUACUAAUAUCAGCUCUUUGUUAUCUACAAUAUAAUUUAUAAUGAUUGAAGUUUAUUCUUUUGUGCCGUAUUAUUUGCAUGCGCAGUCAGUUUAAAUAUUCGAACUUUUACAAAAUGUGAUCGCCUUGUGUCUUUAAAAUUACAAUCGUUGAUUUACCAAGUCGCACUUGUUGCACCCGCGUUCCAUCAGAUGCAAUGAUUGGCUGCACAGAUUUGUUUUUAUUGCUACUUCUGGCUCACGCAUGCGCGCGAGCAGAGCAGCCACCCACAAACCCGACCCUGGCCUUGCCAGCCACAUCGUCGGAGGCGACCUCUUUGUUGGCCACACAGGCGAUGGAGGUGGCCAUUGUCAGCUCCACGCCAUCGGCACCAGAUGCAAAGCUCCACCAGAGCGUUGAGAGACGCAGCGACGGAGAAAGAGCGGAACCAUCUGUUCCGGCUAUAACGCCGGUGUCCAGUACAACAUCUGCCGCGCCGUCAUCGACUGAUUCUUCCGAGACCAUGCCCGACUAUCUGAAAAACUGUUUCUAUGCGGAGGAGGAGCUGUGCUUGAACUGGCGCCAGUACAACGCCACCAGCGACGAACUGAGUGUAUUGGAUCGCACGGAAUUGUCGUCAAAUUCUGGUGUCCACGUAGAGGCCGAGGAUGCCCAAGCCCAUGUGGCAGCUGCAAGUAACCCUGCCGACAAUGUGACGGCGAAUAGCGCUCGAAAUGGCAGCCAAUUGUUGCAGAUAGCACGAGAGCGCGACUCAAACAGCUGCCAGUGCCGGGAGCAUCCGACGCGUGUGAACUCCUGGUACUGCUGCAACAUCACGCACAUUUCAAUGAUUUCAAGCUGCAACAACACGGCCAAGUGGACAAACCUGCAUGUGCGCAACCUCACCGUCCAUGCCAUGGAUCUCUCCAAUCCAAUAUAUCGAUCACUGCAGUCUCUCGCUGUCACGGAUGGUAACAUUACGCAGCUAACAAACUUAUUUCCCCGUCACUCGCCGCUCAAGUGUUUCAACAUAUCGAAUAACAACAUCUCGGAGAUCGGACCACGUGUGUUCAAGGAUGUGCCGCACCUGGAGUUUUUUAACAUGUCAAAAAAUCUGCUGUCGCGGGUACCUAACUGCAACCAGUACAGCAAAAUUGCCUUAGACAUAACUGGCAACAUGCGUAUGCUCUGUGAGCCGCUGAACGAGAUUAUCUAUAUUGACUCGAUUUACUUUGUGAGCCCGGCGAACUCUUUCUGUUUGUAUAACGCCACUCACAAGUGGUUCAACUCCACGGAUUAUGUGUCCGUUAAACAGCUGAAGAGCAUUCGAAAAUGCGGCACUAAAUGUCCGAGCAUACCAAAUUAUGGCAACUGUUCAUGUAAUAUAUACAGCAUUAUGAUAAUACAGGGCGAUCAGUCAAGGACUGUAUGCAACGUUGAUUGUUCGAACCUCGGCCUAGUUGAGCUGCCAUCUCAAUUGCCGGACAAUACGUUCACGCUGAACAUAAGCAACAAUAAAAUAAGUACAUUGGGCGAUCACUUCCACACAAAUCCAACUUAUUACAAUAUUGUAAAACUUAUCGCUGAUAACAAUCAUAUAUCUUCAAUUUACGAAUUCGAGGGUACUAAGUUCAUUGAGCAAUUUCAACGCCUCUACAUGCGCAACAAUUCUCUGAGUAAGAUUCCCGAAUAUUUUUUGAACAACGCUCUAAUGGAUACGGGCAUUGGGCGUCGAAUUUAUCUAGCUGAAAAUAGACUGCAAUGUGACUGCAAUUCGGCCAAAACGCUGCAGAACUGGCUCAAGGAGCGCAGUACGGAUAUACCAGACUAUAUGGACAUACGAUGCCGUAAUUUACCGCAGAGUGUCAUUGAGCUGCAGGAGGCCAAGCUAUGUCAAUCACCGCCGGACUGGACGGACUACAUAUACUAUUUGAUUGCAGCUGAGAUUAUUCUGUUACUAGCACUGAUCACAAAGGUUUCGUACGACUAUUGGGUAUUCAAGACAGCGGGUUAUCUGCCAUGGCCAGCAAGUAAAAUGCCAAAGCUGCCGUGCGAUUGGCUCUGCGAAUCAUAGAGAUAAUUUGCGAGAACAUAUCAUAUAUCUGAUUGACACUUGACCAUGACAGAUACAAACGGAUAUAAAUUUCAAUGUGCCUUCUUUAUAUACAUACCAUACAUUUUAAAUGGCUCCUAUAAACUAUUAUUACUUAAAUUUGAUGUACAUGCAUUUUAUGUGCAUUAUGUAUGUGGAAUGUACUCGUACAAUAUGUGUUAUAUAUAUAUAUAUAUAUAAAGAGCAGUUAAAAAGAUUCCUAUAUUUUGCAGUCUUAGUCAAUUAGCAAGGUUUCGCAGGCCUCACUUUCUAUUGUAAGUACGCCUUUAAAACACUAUGGGAAUCAAUGGAAAUAUUGCUUUCCACGUUGCGUAUGAUAUUUAUUGUUGUGGUUUCUUGCAAUUUAAAUAUGUAUUAUAAUAGUUUAAGAAAAAAAAUUGCGAAUUUUUAUAUAAACAUCUAUGUUUGAUGAUUUUCAUUUGUUUUUUUUUUGUUUGUUUUUUUUUUUUUGUUAUACCGUUUGAAUCAUUGAACCAUUUUAAUACCUACUAUAUGCCAUGUAGUUGUGUGUGUGUGUGUAAAUGAGUGUGCCUCAUAAGAACAUUAACGUAUACAUACAUAUACAUACAUCCAAUACCAUUAAUUUUGUAGUGUUUGUAUUACAACUAUAUAUUUUUAAAUGUGUUUAAUAAGUUUUAUUAUUGUUAUUAUUAUUUUUGCUGCUUUAUAGUAUUUAAAUACUUUCACAUAUGUUGUUCCGUACUCUUAUCGCUGUAAUCAAUUCAAUUAGGUUUUAUAUUCGUUGCGUGACAUUAUUUAUGUAUGCUAUACAUAUAUGCGACCAAAUGUGAAAAACAAAUAAAAAUUAUUGUGCUUCCAUUAUUGUAAA